AUGCAGCCCGCGCCCUCGACGGCCCGGUCCCGCCGCGCGCCCCGCCCCGCUGCACCAGACACCUGCCCGGCUACCCCUGGACCAGAGCGUCCUCCCGCGGCCAGGGCUCGGGCAGCUGUUUCCCGCCUGGGACCGGCUCCGGCCUCCAGCAGAGCUUCCCGGAGCCCGGACAUGAGCACCCAGGAGCCCCCGCAAGGUCGGAGAUUCCCCAUUGAGGCCGGAGACUCCCCCGGCCUGGCCGCAGCCCCCGAGCCCCAGGACAGCGCGGAGCCCGUUGCUACGGAGCACCCCCCGGUCAGCCGGCCCCCCCCCCCCCGCCCCGGCUGCCCCCGCCUGACGCUGCUGCACGUGCCCAUCGACGUCUACCUGGCAAUGGGCGGAAGCCCCCGGGCCCGCGCCACUUGAGUGCGCCUGCGCGACGGC